GGCAAUGUUAGCCAUUACACCAUAUCGGAUUAUUUUAUGACAAAAUUUGAAUUUGACAAUCCAUCAAAUGUCUUCCUCACUCGUGCUUCGUCGAACGUAUUGCAUUCUCUGUUGUAUUCACCAUUCAGCCGCUCUACAACCAGUCAAUAUCGUUAAUACCAGACAUGGUCCGAGACUCCCGUUCUCCUGGCCGUGCCAGCCGCUCCGAUCACUAUGGCAGGGACAGAAACUCCGGCAACAGAUACGAAGAAAGCUCGCGAAGAGCCAAUGACCGCGACGACCGCAGAAGGGACGAUAGAAAGGACGAUUACCCCCCUGAUAGACGUCGCAGCGACAGAGAUAGAGAGGAUUAUCGUCGAAGAGACGACGAUAGACGAGAAGGAAGUAGUCGGAGUCAGCGAGAUCGUGAAGGAGGCAAUUUAACCAUUGACGACGAGAGAAAGUACAGGGAUUCGAGGGGAGGGUCAUCACGACGAUCAGCCUCACCGAGGGCGCGUCCCUCUAGACCUCGUUCACCGUCAAAGUCUGGCUCGCGUUCACCUAGUGUGCAGGAGGAGGAUAAAGCCAAGCCCAAUUUCAAGCCAUCGGGGUUGCUUGCAGCCGAGACAAAAAUGGUCAAGCACCAUGACGGCACAAGCACGGUUUUGAAAUACCACGAACCACCUGAAGCAAGGAAGCCAACGACUGGUUGGAGGUUAUACGUGUUUAAAGGUGCCGAGCAAGUUGACCUACUACACAUACACCGUCAGAGCGCGUACUUGUUUGGACGAGAUAGGUCUGUAGUCGAUGUUACCCUUGAUCAUCCCUCUUGCUCCAAACAGCAUGCCGUCAUACAAUACCGAGCAGUCAAGGAGAAGAAUGAGUUUGGUGAGACAAAGACUGUCAUCAAGCCCUUCAUCAUUGACCUGGAGUCUACGAACGGGACCCAUGUGAAUGGUGAACAAAUACCCACGUCACGCUACUAUGAGCUGAAGCUCAGUGAUGGUGAGCAGAUGGAUGAUGCAAGGGGAAUAUUGCAGAAGCUGACAGAAUCCUCCAUGGUGUUCUUUCUUCCCUAGUCAUCAAGUUCGGAGAGUCGAACCGAGAGUACGUUUUACUAUCGGAGGAUGCCACCUAGGAUGACGGAAGGUCGCACCUGUUGUACGAUUAUGCUUUAUGCCGAAUAUACUUCCGUUAGGAACGUGCUGUUUGCUUGGAAUUAGGGAGGGCGAGACUAAUUCUCAAAGCGCCGUGCUAGGCCUCAUAUUUCCGAUGACAGCUAUAUGGAACCUCGACAGAUGAAGCCCUGGAUCUGCCUGACGCCAAGGCGAAUCUCCUCCACGUCAGCAGAGCAGAUCGCGUGUGCGCAUAAACAGCACCCUGCAUG